AUGCAAAGUGCUAAUCUUUCAAACGCAGUGUUUAAAAAAAUUAUACUUAAAAUUGGUAACAAGUCUGUGGUAUUACAGGAUAGAAGAAGUGAUGAAAAGCUCGAAAAGAUUCGAAAUGAAUUUAAGGACCAUAAUUAUUUUUGUAUUGAAGAUUACAUGGUAUUUUUAAACUCUUUAGAGAAUAAUGAGAAUUCUUUAGGGAAUAGUGAGAAUGAUUCACAAACUUUAAAGAAUAAAGAACAAAGAUCUUGUUCAGAAAUUUUAAGGGAACAUGAAAAAGAUAUUCGUUUAAAGGAUGUCGUGAAAAAUGGUGGCACUUUAGAAGUUAUAGAUCCCAGAAAGUUUACAUGUAGCAAAUUCAUUGACCAUUUUAAGUUGAAUCGUGGUCUGGAAAUAGGACGGCACGAUUACCUUGACUUUGUUCAAAAAGAAAAGGAACAUGCAAUUGAAUAUCAAUGCAAAUUCGGACCUAACUGCAAAGGCGUCAAUACUUAUACCAGAGAUGGAAUAACCCGUGAUCAAAUUCAAUCUGUUUAUAAUACGUCGGAAAAUAAUAAUGCUUCUUUAAACGCGGGAGUUAAUUUUAAGAAUCAAUAUGUGUCCGCUAAAGCCGAAGGUUCCUAUUCAAGUACUGAUCAGAGGCAAACAAAUAGCGAAGUUUCAUCCAGUUCUGAAAUCUUUUUCUAUAUAAGAGCUGAGGUGACAAUACAUGAAGCAAAUGUGUCUAAUGAUUUACUGAAGAUAGUAAAAGAAAUUGUAAAGUUUGACGAAAUGAUGGAUGAAUUAAAGGAAAGGAUAGAAAAGAAAUCUUUAAAAGUACUUCGAACGAUCUUAAAGAAAUACGGAAAGUUUGAUUCGGAGUGUUCAAAAGAUUAUAAUGCUGUUAGUGAAUUAAUUGAUAAAUAUACCAAUAAAGAGUUUUUAUCCGACGAGGAGAAAGACUCUUUAUCUGCCGAAUUCGAUGAAAUUGAAGACAUAAAGGCUAGGUUCGAAAAAAUUUAUGAAAGGUUCGGCAAAUUUUAUGGGAAAAAGUUUUAUUUAGGUGGGAAGCUAACAAAGCGCAGUGUGAAUAAUCUAUUGAAAGAUAAUAUACACAAUUCUCAUAACCUCUCUGGCGGAUUAGAUAUUAAAGCUAUCAAUAAUGGUGUUGGGGUUAAGGCUCAACAUUCACAUUCAACCGAUAAAAAUAAUCUAUAUGUAACUAAACAAGAAGAGUUUGAUGCUAUUGGAGGGGAUUCGGUUAAUGUUAAAGAUGAUAAUAAAGCUUCAUGGAUAGAUUCCUUAAAACGAGAAAAUUGGAAAAAGUGGAAAGUCAUUUUUUAUGAAGCUGAACCAAUUUUUAACUUAUUAUAUAAAAACGAUAUAAACCUCAAUUACAAAGUUAUUAGAAAAAUUUUAGGAAAAAGAAUUCUGGCAUCUGAUAUUGAAACUAAUGUUCAACUAAAUACGUUGCAUUUAUUGAAUUUCAAGAAUAAAAAAUUUAACAAUUUAGAAAAAUAUCAAAUCUUUGCCUCUGUCAUAGACCAAGAAAGAAAAAAUAAUAUCUUUUCUGUUCGAGUGGUCCGCAAUAAAAAAAAAGAAACGUGUUUAUUAGUCCAUCAAAUUAAUGGAGAAAAAAAUACAUUCAAAGUAAAUGUUGGGUGGAUAAUUAUUGGUUAUCCGCAAGAUUUCCAUAAUUUUAAAGGACCUGAAUUUAAAUAUAGUAUGCGUAAACCUAUUGAAAAUAUUAAUAGCCCAGUUCCAAUCGAUAGCUAUGAUAAUUCUUAUAGUCUUUUGGUAACGUGUGAACAACAUUUACUAUCUGACAAUGAAGACAAAAACUUAGAGAAUGCGAUAAGCUUUUAUCUACCAAUAAGUGAUAAUCCUCCGAAAGCGCAUACAAUUGCUUUCGACCCUAAAUCGCGUGAGGUGAUAGAACAGAUUGAAGGAUCUGGAAGUAAGCUUUUCAUUCAUUACAGUGUUAUCGCUGACGGUUCUGUAAAUAGAAUGUGGACAAGGCAACCCUUCAAAUUAUUGAAUUGGAUCAAUUCCAUUCUGUUUAAUAGAUGUAAGCAUUAUGCACUUUUUGAAGAAAAGCAACAAGAUAAUGAUCAGAAGUUUAUUUGUAUAUAUAAUGAAAAGGGAUUCGUUAAUUAUAGCUCAGCUUAUAAUAGACCCACAGGUAUUUGUAUCUGA